GACUUUGCAAAAUAAGGAAACACGUUAAUAAAUGUGCAUGCUUGAGCCCCGAGUGGAAGGAAAAUCUGCUGGCUCUGACUGAUUCAAGAAAACCCGGAAACGGAAAUAUAAGGCUGAGAGCAGGGGAGAAUUGUUGCAUUUUGAACUCCUUGCGGAAACAGAGACGGUAGAGUAACGUGUGUGAGGUAAAAAUGUCUUCAACAUGUGAUUUUGUUGUGCUUCACACUGGGCAGAAGAUGCCUCUUAUUGGACUGGGGACGUGGAAAAGUGAGCCUGGCCAGGUGAAGGAGGCAGUGACGUAUGCCCUGGGUGCAGGUUAUCGCCAUAUUGACUGUGCUACAGUAUACGGCAAUGAAGUGGAGAUAGGGGAAGCCUUCCAGGAGAGCGUCGGGCCCAAUAAGCCUGUCAAGAGGGAGGAGCUCUUUGUGACAUCAAAGCUAUGGAAUACCAAGCAUCACCCAGAAGAUGUGGAGCCAGCCUUAAAGAAAUCUUUGAAAGAUCUGAAAUUGGAUUACCUGGAUCUGUAUCUCAUGCACUGGCCACAUGCCUUCGAACGAGGAGAUACUCUUUUCCCAAAGAACCCCGAUGGCAUGAUGCGUUUUGACUACACUCACUACAAGGAAACCUGGAAGGCUAUGGAGAAGCUGGUGGAGAAAGGUCUGGCGAAGGCCAUUGGGCUGUCCAACUUCAACAGCCGACAGAUUGAUGACAUCCUCAGCAUAGCUGUUAUCAAACCUGCUGUGCUACAGGUGGAAUGCCAUCCCUACCUUGCUCAGAAUGAGUUAAUAGCUCACUGUAAUAAGCAAGGGCUGGUAGUAACAGCAUACAGUCCCCUUGGCUCUCCUGAUCGAAUGUGGAAGCACCCUGAUGAACCAGUACUUCUAGAAGAAUCUGGGAUCAAAAAGCUGGCAGAAAAAUAUAGCAGAUCACCUGCUCAAAUCCUCCUCCGGUGGCAAGUGCAGCGUAAGGUGGCUGCCAUUCCCAAGAGUGUCACUCCUGCCCGCAUUCUGCAAAAUCUCCAGGUGUUCGACUUUAAUCUCACAGGAGAAGAGAUGGAUUACAUUGGAAGUCUGAAUAAAAACUGGCGCUACAUUGUGCCAAUGGUUACAGUGGAUGGAAAACUAGUAGCAAGAGAUGCUGGACAUCCGCUUUACCCCUUCAAUGACCCAUAUUAAGCACAGUAGAUUAGGUAUUAGAAUUAGGACUCCAUGCACUCAUUCCCAAAAUAGUGGUUGCCAUAGUUUAUCAAAAAUCUUUCCAAAUAAAACCGGACGUUCUAAAUAUUAGGUUUCUAUGGGUUUUCUGAUAGCAUACUUUAUUACAUAACAUCUUCCUGACGUUGCAAUACCUACAUUGUGCUCAUGAGACUUCAUAUAAUACAUGCUUGCUGCUAUGAGGAAAUGUAUGGUGUUAAUGGGGGAAGAGUGAGGGAAUCAAUAUCAUGAAAGAUACAUAGACACUGAAAAUGUAAAACUAGGAUAAGACAUUCGUUUUGAAUUGGGAUAAGUGUGUAAAACCAUUCUGAAGUCUUCGAGGCCAAGUGUGUGGAUGGGGGUGGGGAACAGAACAAUUUUUAAAAAGCAAAUUGCUGCUCAAUUGUUUAUUACUACAUUUGUUUCCUAAAAGAGAAGUAGAAAGCCAUUGCCAAUCUUUCUACCUAAUGCAGCCUCAGCAGCAACUGUCCAAUUCAGUUUUUGGGACUGGAUUAGUUCCUAGCGAUGCCACAUGUGCUUCUAGGGCUUGCUGGAAGGAACCUUGUAACCUCUUUGCAGAGUAGCUAGCAUGGUCUCAUGAUGAUGCUGGAUCGGGAGCCAGAAGAACUGGGUUCUAUUCCAGACUCUGCUAUUGUCCUCCAGCAUGACCUUGAGCAAGUCACUUCCUCUCUAAGCCUCUGCCUGCCCUGUUGGUGAUAGCUCUUCAGCGUAGACACUGGGAUGGGCACUAAUAUUUGAUGGGGGAGGGGCACUCCAAGAAUUUAAGUGGUCAAGGGCUGCACUUUGCAUUAGGGAUGUCAAUGAAUAGUUGACUACCCAUUUAAUCAGUAAGCCUGGGUUAAUCCUGUUGACCACACACAACACCACCCCCCCCCCCUUCGCUACCUUUAUAUCAGCUGGCUCCCAUGAGCACCAGAUCCCGAGGAGCCACCUGCUUCCCUCCCCCCUUCAUGCUGCUGCCUCUGCUAGAAAAAUUAUUUUAAUCUACAUGCGUUUUCACCUUUUUUGGGUCAUUUUCUGCUCUUAAAGAAUGUAUCCAGUUUUUAUGGCUUGACCUGGAUGUAGAAAAUUGUGAAUGCCAGGAACCUAAUUAAAGCAUUUUUAAAAGAUAUUCUCU